GAAGCAAUAUUUGUGAUACUUGGGUUAAAAAGAUUCAAAGAUGAUGAAGAAAAGCUUGAUAAGUUUGUUAAAACACAUGUACUUAGGCUUUUAAAAAUGGACUUGAUUGCUGUCCUUAAUGAACUUGAAAGACAAGAAGAGGUCUCUCUUGCUGUUAAGGUGUUUUGGGUGAUUCAGAAGCAAGACUGGUACCAACCCGAUGUCUAUCUUUACAAGGACCUGAUCAUUGCAUUGGCUAGACGUAGAAAGAUGGAUGAUGCAAUGAAGUUAUGGGAGAGCAUGAGAAAGGAAGAUCUAUUUCCCGAUUGUCAGACAUUCACUGAAGUUAUUCGUGGCUUCUUGAGAGACGGAUCUCCUGCAGAUGCUAUGAACAUUUUCGAGGACAUGAAAAAGUCUCCGUAUCCUCCCGAGGAGCUGCCUUUCAGGAUUUUAUUGAAGGGACUUUUGCCACAUCCCCUAUUAAGGAACAGAGUUAAGCAAGACUUUGAGGAGAUUUUUCCUGAUCGGCAUAUAUAUGAUCCUCCGGAAGAGAUUUUUGGAUUACGUUGAGGAUUGAGACUUGUUACUGCAACGAGGCCUAUAAAAGUGGCGGAGCAGGGCAAUUUGGAGAUUUUUUAAUUUUCAUCUACUCAUUAUCUCUAAGGACUCAACUCAUACGAGAAUCUAAAUGGAUUCGUUCUUUUCA